CUUUUGGCCACCACGUUUAUUUUGGACUGUGUAACGAAUUUAUUUUUAUGUUAAUGAAAAAUAAACAUCUUGGCCGUUAACCGCUCGCAUGGUAUAAUUCACGCGUGACGAAAGUAUAGUUUAUUAAAUUUUUUGAUAUAUUGACACAAUGAAUACUGACAUGGAUUCAUCGAAUGCGGAUGAAUAUUACGUGACUGCGCUUCAAAUUUUUGACUACUGCGGUGCAGAAAGCUCGGGGACGUUACGGGUUGACGCUCUGAUGGAUAAGUUUGCCCCAUUCAUCAAAACUAACAAAGCUGAAUACAGCUACUUGAAGUCCUUGUUGGAUCCUGGCCAGAACAACCCUGAAGUGAAUGUGAUAAUCCUGGCAAAAGCUUUGCACAAGUACAGCGAGAGUCAGAAGUGUAAAGUUGAUCUUGAUGAGAGCUUCAAUUUGAGGUGUGGGCAAGCUCCGCAUGAUUCAGACUCAGGGAUAUCAUCUGAUGGCUUCCAACUGCUGGAAGAUUUACAAAGCGAGCUGCGUGAGAAGGCACACUUGGCCCACCAGCUCCGCAACCAGCUGGACUUCACGGACCGCCAGCACGAGGAGGUGCUGGCUACGCUCACAGCCGAGCGGGACUCGCUGCGGGGACAUUUGAACAUGUUACGCGAAGAGAACAUAACUCUGAGCCACGUGCGCCGCGACUAUGAAGAGGCCUGCGACCGCCUGCUGGCCAGCGAGCGGGCGCUGGACGACGCGCGCCGGGAGCUGGAGGGCUCCCGCAGGAGGAGCAAGCUGCUGGCCGAGCAGCGAGCCGCGCUGGAGAGCGAGGAAGCCUGCGACCGCCUGCUGGCCAGCGAGCGGGCGCUGGACGACGCGCGCCGGGAGCUGGAGGGCUCCCGCAGGAGGAGCAAGCUGCUGGCCGAGCAGCGAGCCGCGCUGGAGAGCGAGGUCAGUGCAGGGGACACGAGCGAGCCACGUGCGCCGCGCCUCAGGAAGCCUGCGACCGCCUGCUGGCCAGCGAGCGGGCGCUGGACGACGCGCGCCGGGAGCUGGAGGGCUCCCGCAGGAGGAGCAAGCUGCUGGCCGAGCAGCGAGCCGCGCUGGAGAGCGAGGUCAGUGCAGGGGACACGAGCGAGCCACGUGCGCCGCGACUAUGAGGAAGCCUGCGACCGCCUGCUGGCCAGCGAGCGGGCGCUGGACGACGCGCGCCGGGAGCUGGAGGGCUCCCGCAGGAGGAGCAAGCUGCUGGCCGAGCAGCGAGCCGCGCUGGAGAGCGAGGAAGCCUGCGACCGCCUGCUGGCCAGCGAGCGGGCGCUGGACGACGCGCGCCGGGAGCUGGAGGGCUCCCGCAGGAGGAGCAAGCUGCUGGCCGAGCAGCGAGCCGCGCUGGAGAGCGAGGAAGCCUGCGACCGCCUGCUGGCCAGCGAGCGGGCGCUGGACGACGCGCGCCGGGAGCUGGAGGGCUCCCGCAGGAGGAGCAAGCUGCUGGCCGAGCAGCGAGCCGCGCUGGAGAGCGAGGUCAGUGCAGGGGACACGAGCGAGCCACGUGCGCCGCGCCUCAGGAAGCCUGCGACCGCCUGCUGGCCAGCGAGCGGGCGCUGGACGACGCGCGCCGGGAGCUGGAGGGCUCCCGCAGGAGGAGCAAGCUGCUGGCCGAGCAGCGAGCCGCGCUGGAGAGCGAGGUCAGUGCAGGGGACACGAGCGAGCCACGUGCGCCGCGACUAUGAGGAAGCCUGCGACCGCCUGCUGGCCAGCGAGCGGGCGCUGGACGACGCGCGCCGGGAGCUGGAGGGCUCCCGCAGGAGGAGCAAGCUGCUGGCCGAGCAGCGAGCCGCGCUGGAGAGCGAGGUCAGUGCAGGGGACACGAGCGAGCCACGUGCGCCGCGCCUCAGGAAGCCUGCGACCGGCUGCUGGCCAGCGAGCGGGCGCUGGACGACGCGCGCCGGGACCUGGAGGGCUCCCGCAGGAGGAGCAAGCUGCUGGCCGAGCAGCGAGCCGCGCUGGAGAGCGAGGUCAGUGCAGGGGACACGAGCGAGCCACGUGCGCCGCGACUAUGAGGAAGCCUGCGACCGCCUGCUGGCCAGCGAGCGGGCGCUGGACGACGCGCGCCGGGAGCUGGAGGGCUCCCGUAGGAGGAGUAAGCUGCUGGCCGAGCAGCGAGCCGCGCUGGAGAGCGAGAAGCUGACCCUGCAAGAGUUGCUGACCAAGUCCAAGGACGAGUGCCACCGCAUCAACGAGAUGUAUGCCUCGCGGCAGUCGGCGUUGCUGGAACAGAACGAAUCGCUUCGGGCCGAGCGUGCCGAGUUGGCCGCUCGUCUGCACGACCAGGAAGAGGUCAUGCAGCAGCUCAUCAAGGAGAAGGUCCUGCUGGAAAUGGAGCUGAAAGACACAGUGAACAAAGCCAACCAGACUCCGCUGCGGCUCGACCGCUCCAUCGACGUCAGCUACUGCGAGGACCACGCGCUCGCCGCGCUCGACAGCCUCACUGCAGACAGCCGCUUCUCGCCCGACAUAUCUUCAGUGGGGACACAGGUGGAGGUGCCGUGCGCGGACUGCGAGAAAAGGAAAGUGAUCGCACCGCACCGCAGUUUGAGGAAAUAUUUCUGGGACGCACUCAAGGUCAUGUUCCAAGUUUUCGCGGUGGUCUGCUUUGCGUGCGCGGUCUGCGUUCUGUACGCGUUCGCGCGACCGCUCGCCGCCUGCCGCGAUCCUGUACCGUGGCGAUGGCUGCAGCCGCAAGAUAUCAUGGACCUGUUUCUGAGGAUCGAGUACGUUGCCGAUGUGCCUAUGUGAGCAAUAAUAACAGUUUUGCUGUAGGAAUAAGGUCCUUUUCAGCAUCAACAUCAUUUCUACAGUCCACUGCAGGACAUAGGAAAUUUGCCUUGUGUUAAUGCACGGGGAGUUCUUUUACAGACGGCAAAUUAUGUGCACCAUAUUAGUCCUUUUUAGCAAAUUGUUUUUCGACCUAGAGACGAAGCAAUAAAGUUAAAAUGUGACUAUAUUCAACAAUUUUAUAAAGGGAUGCUGAUAUUAUUCUGAUGAGGACCUUAUCCUAGUACUAUUCUCAAGAUUUAAACCAGAAAUAGAUAAACUGUGUCGUCACGUACACGUGCGCGUAUACGUAACCUUACGUUAUUAUAUUACAGUACAUUUGACCAAUAGCUCAAGCCAAUUUGGGCCUUAUCGAGUUUGCAAUAGAGGCCGAAAUAGUGGCCGCAAUAACAAUUAACAGCUGCAAUCUUGCUCAAUGUAGCUACUAGGAGUUUGCAGCAUAUCUGUAGAGCAUUUAAACCGCCUAGUGUAAAAGUGGUGAAAUAAUUAUGUUCUCCAAAAUAGAUAACGAUUCCCGAGAGCGCUGGCUGCAGCUUUAUUUGAAAAGUCAAAUUCAAAACUUGAUUAAGACUUUAAAUCAUUAAUACAUAAGUGUUCGCUUUGAAUACAGCCUACUCUGUGCAAUACAUUUUUGUUGUUUUGCUCUGAAUGACAGAUCACAUUCUAUUAUUGGACGCUAAAAUAGUUGUAAAAAACUACUAAAAAUAUACUGAAGAAUCUUGGUUUGAGAGUUAACCAUUGAUGUUAAUUGGCGUCACAAAUUAGAACUAAUUUUUGUUUGCAAUAUUUGUUCACCCAUGGAAAAUACGCUAAUUCAGUGCCUGAUCUGCCAAUGUAAAUAAGAUUUUAAUUAGAUAACCUAAAUUUAGUAAAAUGCAUUUAAAAUAAUAUACGUUUUUUCGGUGUUGUGAUUGUAAGGUUACGAUUAGAUGCGUGACUGACUGCUUGACAGUUAGUUGUAUAACAUCGUUUUGAAAAUUUUCAAUCAAAAUUUUUCGAUGGGCCUUCGAUGGAACAGCAUGUUAAAAUAAUUAGACCUAAGUAACAUUCAAAAUUAGUGAUCCACCAUAAACACAAACCAAAUAACUUUGAUGGUGUUGAUGCACUUUUAGAUAUUAUCUCGAAUAUUUUAAUAACACACAGUUUAUUUAAUGUUAAGCUGUUUUUAUUAACGUUCCGUAAAUGGCUGAUUAAGGAUUUUCGUUUUGCGCACUUUCCAUGACGUCAAUAACUUACGUUCAUAAAAACACAUGCUAGUCUGAAGAGCUUUCUAUCUGUUCGAAAGAAAUAAAUGUAUCAAUUAAAUCGCUGCAACUAAUUUAUAAAAGUGCAAAUUUUUAAUUUUUUCAAGUAUGUUUUAUACAGUCUUGUCUAUUUUACCGCAUCAUAAAUAAAUAAUAAUCUCAAAUCUGCCAAUUGAAUUUCAGCAUUUACUUUAUUGUUUUUAUUAUUACUUAUUUUUUAAUUUCAUAUUUUAUACUUUCUCUUGUAUAUUUUAAGUAGAUUAGUUUGAUCCAGUUUAACGGAUCUGUAGAUUUUAACGGCGUUUCUCCGAAUUUUUAUUAAUUUCAGCUUAAUUCUCAUUUUGAUUGUCAUUAAUACUAAUUAAAGAUCUAAAUUAAUCGAUGGCUUUUGCAAUUAUUACUUCCAUUUCUGUGAUAACCCAGUGCCAGUGUAUUAGAUAUAGGACUUAGCAGUUUACUUGACCUAAGAUUAUAAAAUGUCGGAGCUUCAUAAUUUUGAUAAGCUAACUUUGUGUCAAUUCGAACAAUUUCCAAAAAAGUGUUGUGAUAAAGUGAUUUUGUUAUUUAUUCAAAGUUGGUGACAAACAAAUUUUAUCAAAACGACCAAAAAUUAUAAAUGAAUUUAUGAUGUAUGUUGAUAGUAAGUUUUGUAUUUUAUAAUGGUUUUGCACAUCUUUAAACAUUGACUAGGCGUAUCUAAUGCUGUCCUGUCUGUCUACUACUAUGUCUAAGUCAAGACCUAUUGCCAUCAGUCAAACGUCAAAGACUUUUCAAGAGACAUAAAACAAAUAAAUGAGUACCUAAAUCUUGUGCUUACCUUGCCCUGAAGAAAUCGAUUAUCUAAGUAAGAGAAUCAAUGUUUGCAGAUGUGCCAACCCUAAUUUUAAUUAAAAUGUCAAGGAUAAGGAAAACGGUGUUACCUUACCGCCCAGUUCCUUGCUAGUGUAGCUAACUAACGUGACAUUUAUCAAUGCAUUUAUUUGUUAGAUAGGUUAAAAAUUUUACGUAUCGAAUAAUAAGUUUGCAAUGUUAGGUUUAGUUUAUUAUGUCUCUCAUAUUUGUAUGAGCCCGAUUUGAGACUUCACAUCUAAGACUAAAAGUCGACAAGUCUAACUUCUUUUGUUAUUAGUCCCGAUUCAUACUGGCGUGUGCGUUUUACAAGCGUAUAAACGCCGCGUGCACGCGUCGCGUUUGUUAGUUAUAACUGAAACAGAAUGAGGUUUAUACUUUUUAAUGACUUAAGUAUAUUGAUGUGCAGUUGAGGACAUAACUAGUCCCAUAAUCGGUAUAAAAUACCAGGUCCUGUUAGAUUUACAGACUUUUAGUUUGAGAAAGUGAAUCCAUUAUCGGCACCUAAGAGAUUAAAGAUAUUUGUUCGUGUUUGUUAAGUAUGUUUUUAUUAUAUAGCAUGUUUAUUAAUCGCACUCCCUUCAAAAUUAUUAUGUGAAAUACAGCACUACUUUUUAAUUAUUUUCAUUAGAAUGUUAAUUGCGAGUGCGGUAAGAAAUAGUAAGAAUGUAACAAAAUAACAAUAAAAUAAAUAAAUAUUUAA